AUGUUCCCAACAGAAGCUCUAGUCGGGGCAUUGAUGCUCUCUGCGGCACCUUUGGCGGUGGCAGAGAGUGAUUAUUGCAAAGCUCCUAUCAAUCACCCCGGAGAGGAUUUCAGCUAUGUUCAGCCACUCAAUACUACUAUUUUAACUCCCUAUGGUAGCUCCCCGCCUGUCUACCCUUCCCCAAAUACAACUGGAAACGGCGGCUGGGAAGCAUCCGUACUCAAGGCGAAAGAAUGGGUGGCCAAGCUUACCCUUGAUGAGAAGUCUUGGAUGGCAACAGGCCAACCUGGUCCUUGCGUUGGUAACGUUCUUCCUAUUCCGCGUCUCAACUUCACCGGCCUCUGCCUCCAAAACGGACCUCAAUGUGUGCAACAAGGAGACUACUCUAGUGUCUUUGUCAGUAGUGUCUCCGCUGCUGCCAGUUGGGACCGCCAGCUACUGUAUGACCGAGCAUAUGCACUGGCCUCGGAGCACAAGGCAAAGGGCUCCCAUGUUAUCUUGGGGCCUAUAGGAGGACCUCUCGGCCGCAGUCCCUACGAUGGUCGUACUUGGGAGGGCUUCGCUGCCGAUCCCUAUCUCACCGGUGUCUGUAUGGAGGUCACUAUCAACGGUAUGCAAGAUGCGGGCGUUCAGGCAAACGCAAAACACUUUAUUGCCAACGAGCAGGAAACACAACGCAACCCUACCUAUGACCCAGAGGCCGCAGCAACCACUUACAUUCAGGAUUCGGUUUCUUCAAACAUUGAUGACCGAACUCUACACGAGAUCUACAUGUGGCCAUUUGCAAAUUCCGUCCGCACCAAGGUGGCUAGUGUCAUGUGCUCUUACAACCGUUUGAAUGGCUCUCACGCGUGUCAGAACUCGUACCUCCUCAAUCACCUUCUCAAGAAGGAACUUGGCUUUCAGGGAUAUGUCAUGUCUGACUGGGGCGCUACCCACAGUGGUGUGGCAUCCAUUGAAGCUGGAAUGGACAUGACCAUGCCUGGAGGAUUCACUCUUUAUGGAGAGAUUUGGGAUCAGGGAUCCUGGUUCGGGCAAAACCUCACAUCUGCUGCGCAGAAUGGCUCCGUGUCACUAGAUCGCCUUGACGAUAUGAUCGUCCGCAUCAUGACUCCUUACUUUUUGCUUGGUCAGGACAAGGAUUACCCAAGUGUUGAUGCUUCGGUUGGUCCGUUGAAUGUUGAUUCCCCUCCUGAUACAUGGAUUCACAACUGGACUUUCACCGGUGCAACCAACCGUGAUGUCCGAGCUAAUCACAGUGCUCUUAUUCGCGAGCACGGUGCUAACUCGAUAGUCCUUCUCAAGAACGAGAAAAACGCAUUACCUCUCAGCAAACCCAAAAAUAUCAUUCUUGCCGGUAACGCUGCUGGUCCGCUCACUCAGGGUCCCGAUCUUCAAAACGACUUUGAAUAUGGUGUUCUUGCAGGCUCUACCAGUUCUGGUUCCUGUCGAUUCUCGUAUAUUGUGACGCCUCUUGAUGCUAUUAAUGCUCGUGCCCGCGAAGAUGGCACAUUGGUUCAGUCUUACCUGAACAACACCUUUAUCACCACGGCCAAUCUGACCUACCCACUUCUGAUUCCCCAAGAACCCGACGUCUGCCUUGUUUUCCUCAAGGCCUAUUUUGCAGAAGGCUCCGAUCGGACCUCGUUGGACCUUGACUGGGAUGCCAAUGCAGUUGUGGAAGCUAUCGCCGGCGCCUGCAACAAUACUGUUGUUAUCACAGAAUCAGGUGGUGUUAAUGUUAUGCCUUUUGCGGAUCAUGAAAAUGUGACUGCUAUUCUGGCGGUUCACUACGCUGGUCAAGAGGUUGGAAAUGCCAUCGCUGAUGUACUUUAUGGAGACGUGAACCCAUCUGGCCACUUGCCUUAUGUCAUUGCAAACAACGAGUCCGAUUAUAACGCACCCCUGACCACAGCUGUGCAGAACAACGGCACAUAUGAAUGGCAAAGCUGGUUCGACGAGGAGCUCGAGGUUGGUUAUCGGUACUUUGAUGCUCACAACAUCUCUGUUCGCUAUGAAUUUGGUUUUGGUCUCAGCUACACAACAUUCAAUCUCAAAGACCUCAAAUCAAAGGGAUCUGUUGUGCAAGGCCUUACUGAACUACCACCCUACAAACCUACCCAACCCGGUGGUAAUCCAGAGCUCUGGGAGACCGUGUACACUCUGGAGGCAGAGGUUUCCAACACUGGAGAUGUAGAUGGAUACGCUGUGCCCCAGCUUUACGUGCAGUUCCCUGAUUCCACACCAUCUGGUACUCCUCCAAGCCAACUUCGCGGCUUUGACAAGAUCUGGCUUACUGCUGGUGAGAAGAAGACGGUUACUUUUGAAUUGAUGCGCCGAGAUGUUAGUUACUGGGAUGUCGCUGCUCAAGACUGGCGGAUCCCUACCGGCUCCUUCACUUUCAAGGCAGGAUUCUCGAGCAGGGACUUCAAGACGACUAAGGAGAAGACACUGAUCAAGGUUUGA